AUGGCCGCCUCUAAGCACUCCAUCGCUGACAGCGAGGAGACCACCCGUCCUAUCAAAAAGUCCAAGACCGUCGACAAUGCAGAACUCUCCGAGAAGGCGCACGUAAAGAAGGAGAAGAAGGAGAAGAAGGAGAAGAAAGAAAAGAAGGAAAAGAAGGAAAAGAAGGAAGAGAAGGAGGAUAAGAAGGAAAAGAAGGAAAAGAAGCCCAAGACCGAAGAGGUUGAAGUCGCCUCUGCCGACUCUGACGAGGUCAUGGAGGACCAAGACGAGGCGGAGGCCAAGGCUCAGAAGAAGGCCCGCAAGGAAGAGAGGAAGAAGCUCAAGGAGGCCAAGAAGGCCAAGCAACAGGCCGAGGAGGAAUCCGAGCCUGUGGUUGAAGAGAAAGAGGAGGAGGAGGAGGAAGCGCCUAAGCCCAAGAAAGAAAAGAAGGAGAAGAAAGAGAAGAAAGAAAAGAAGAACAAGGUCGCCGCCGCCGUGACCGCCGCGACCUCAUCUAGUGCCUACCAACAGACCGCUGGCCUCAGCGGUGUGGCACAGGCCGACAUUGACGCUUUCCUCAAGACGAACCAGAUUCUAGUGACCGAUCCCAGGACGAUUGAACCCACGCUGCGACCGAUUAUUGAAUUCGCCUUCCUCCCGCCGACCGAUCUCUUGACCAAGAAGGGUUCGCCCUUGGCCAACUACAAAAUCCCCACGCCGAUCCAGGCCGCCUCUUGGCCCUUUACCCUCUCCGGCCGCGACGUGGUCGGUGUGGCCGAGACGGGCUCCGGCAAGACCAUGGCAUUUGCGCUGCCGUGCGUGCAGGCCGUUGCCGCCCUCGGCAAGCGUGGCACCAAGGCAGUCGUGGUGUCGCCGACGCGCGAGCUCGCCAUGCAGACGCACGAGCAGCUCGGCGCCCUCGCGGCCCUCGCGGGCCUCCACUGCGUGUGCCUCUACGGCGGCGCCUCCAAGGACGACCAGCGCGCGCUCCUGAGCCGCGGCGCCGACAUCAUUGUCGCCACGCCCGGCCGUCUCCGGGACUUCAUGUCGGAUGACACGGUCGACCUGAGCGGCUCCGCCUUUGUCGUGCUCGACGAGGCCGACCGCAUGCUCGACAAGGGCUUCGAGGAGGACAUCAAGCAGAUCCUCGGCAGCUGCCCGCCGCGCGAGAAGCGCCAGACGCUCAUGUUCACCGCCACCUGGCCGUUUUCGGUGCAGUCGCUCGCCAACACCUUCAUGGUCGAGCCCGUCAAGAUCACCAUUGGCUCCGGCGGCAAGGAGACGGAGAAUGGCUCCGUCGAGCUGCAGGCCAACACGCGCAUCACGCAGAGCGUCGAGGUCAUGGAGGGCCAUGACAAGGAGUUCCGCCUGCUGCAGCUGGUGAAGCAGCAUCAUCAGGGCAGCAAGAAGAAUGACCGCAUCUUGGUGUUUUGCCUGUACAAGAAGGAGGCCACGCGCAUAGAACAGUUUCUCAGCCGCAAGGGAAUCAAUGUCGGUGGCAUCCAUGGCGAUUUGCGCCAGGAGCAGCGUACAAAGUCGCUCGAGGCGUUCAAGCAGGGUGUCACUCCUGUUCUGGUCGCCACUGAUGUUGCCGCCCGUGGUUUGGAUAUUCCCGAGGUGAAGCUCGUUAUUAACGUUACUUUCCCUCUGACGAUUGAGGAUUACGUCCACAGAAUCGGGCGUACCGGUCGCGCUGGCAAGACUGGUAAUGCCAUUACAUUCUUCACGGCGCAGGACAAGGCCCACUCUGGCUCGCUCGUCAACAUCCUCAAGGGUGCCAACCAGCCGGUGCCGGACGAACUGCUCAAGUUUGGCACGACCGUCAAGAAGAAGACGCACGACAUGUACGGAUCCUUUUUCAAGGAUGUCGACAUGAACCAAAAGUCGACCAAGAUCACUUUUGACUAG